ACUGACGACAGACCGUGAACUCUUCACACUCCGGAUGGAAGAGGGGUGGAAACAUUCCGAAAACCCCACAAAAAAAGCCUUUCUAAGGGAUUCUGGUUGCAAUAAAAUAGCGAUUGUUUUGAACGUAUAAGGCUAUACAUUGAAGACCAGCAGAAGUGAAGAAAAUGACCAGCGAACCCGAGGAGGCAACGGCAGAGGUCUCGGAGACUGCUGCCGCACAGAGCGCGAGCGACCCGGGGACGUUACUGGAAGUUACUUUCCAGAAGAACCCCCGUCAAAAAUACAAAUACCUGGAGGCAGAACCCAAGAUAUUAGGGGUGACCGAGAUCGCACUGGCUGUCUUCCUUGUUGGCAGAAUCCCCCUUUUUAUAGGAAUAACCGGAUUUAAUUUACAAUGCUUAACUCUGUCAUUUUCAUUUGUUGGCAUAAUUGCUGGCGGUGUAGCGAUAGCAGCACAGAACCUUCAUCUGCAGACACUCAAGGCUUGUUUGGGAAUGCAGGUGGUCACAUGUGUGGCAUAUAUCGUCAGUCUUAUGGUAACAUCUUUACGGGACCUACACUUUAUUAGCUGCCGGGAUCCUUAUUUUUUCGGGAUAACACAUGCAAAUGACACAUGCGUACAAUUAGAGAAGGGAUUUCAUCUGCUGUAUUCAAUAGAUGAGCUCACGGAGGUGACUCAAAUUGUCCUCUCUGCCACACUAGCUGUGUACUGCUGCAAGGUGAUUCCUUGCUGCUCUCCCAGAUCUCAUGUGCCUGUCAUUGUUAUGACGCCACCCACAACUCCGCAAUGAAAGUGAGAGUGUGUGCAUCUAAAAACACUAAUAUUACUAAUAAAUCUCAAUCUUAGAACACAUUAUUAGACACAAAAUAAUACAUUAUACCUUUGUUAAACAUAACAUCACUAAUAUAUCUCUUUAUAUAUAAUAUAUCUAUAUAUCUAUAUAUAAUUUAUGCAAAUAUUAUGAGAACAUACAAAAGUCUAGUCAUUUAACAGCUUUUUAAAUAGAUUUUUAACAUAAUGUGCAGUCUACAGACCUACUCCUGAAUUAACAUACUGUACAUGCGUAUAAUUUCCAGUAUGAAUUAAUAUAUUAAUCAGCUUUACAAUGCAACACAUAAAACUUGUAAAAAUAGCCUUUUACAGAACACAAAGAACCAGUCUGUGCAUGGACAUUAUCAAAAUUAAAUGAACAAUUGUGAUAAUCAUUAAAAUAUAAUUACAGACUU